AAACGGCAUCCUUGACUUGCCGUUUGUUGAUCAUAGAUCAGUGGCACGAGGCCGUCCAGCGAUCAUUCGUUACUAUCACAUCAAUCCUAUUCAAAUUAUAAUUACGAUACGUGAAACCUGUAUGGCAAACCCGAUGAAGAUGGAACGAAGUGAAAACCGUGCACAAGAAAAAGAGAGUUCAACCAUAGGAGCCAAUAUCGACACUUGGUUUGGCCGCCGGUGACCUCGAUUCCGAAUCCGCUGUCUGUCCUUUCACUUCAAAAGCGAGUCUCAGCGAGCACUCUUUCUCGCACCGGCUUAAUGUCGAAGACACGCGUAUUUCGUAAAGAAAUCUUCAGUUCACUUCUAGAACACCGAUUAGCGAGCAGUUGCCCGUCGCCGGUGCUCCUAGAUUUCACUUUCAUCCAUGGAAGUUAAAUCACGCGCUUGUUGAAUAUAUAAAAUUGGUGCGCACGCAGAGAUUUCCCUUUCAAAAUGAUGAUCGUGAAGAGAGCGAUUUCGCAGCUGCUGCUUUUCAUAGUUUUCUGUGAUCAUGUAAGGAGUUUGAUUAUACCGGAAGAACUUCCAACGAUCCUCUCACUAAUAUAUUCAAAUAUUCCACCAAUUAAGAAAGGAACCGAUUCCAGACUUGGCGUGGGUUUUCGAUUAGGUGAACACGCGGAUUUUCAAAUUCUCGUUGAACUGGGACCCCAGACCGAGACAGAUCCGAUAGGUACAUCCAACGACGCUAAAAGGCGACGAGAUGCGGCAUUUAACGCUGCGAUGAAAGGAGAGCUAGGACCAUUGGCACAAGCGGUGGCUAAAUAUCAAAUCGAGCGUAAAAUCCAGAAGGAAAUGGAUAAACUCAAAGUAAUGGAGGAGAAACUUAAAAAGCUUCAAAUAGAGGAUACAAAAGAUCAAGAUACUGUUUCCAGUAACUGGUUAACAAAGUGGAGGAAGGAGAUGUCACAAUUGUCAAAAGAUAAUAUGCCAUUAAGUUCUGCUCAAAAUGGAGAUGAUAAGAUAAUUCAACAAAGAAUAGGAAAACCGCUGGUUAAAUCCAUCGUUUGAAAGGAUAAAUUGAAAAAGCUAACUAUAUAAACUAUAAUAUAUUUGUCUAUUAUAUAUAUGUAUGUACAUAUGUGCAUGCGUGCAACACUCUCAUGCGUAAAAGUCGCAAAUAUGAAUAACAAGGAAACAUCAGUAUAAAUCUAAUGUUGGUUGAGGAAGUGCAGAUAAAAUAUGGAAUAAAAAAAUAGAAUAAUUUGAAAUAUACGAUAUCUAGCCUAUAUAUCAAAAGUUUUACAACCUAUUAGCGGACAGUACUGGAAUUACUAACUACUAAUAAACCCUUAAUAAUUUAACGUACAAAGCAGCAACGUAGUACGAAGUGUCAUGUAGUUAGUACGUGUAAUUUAAGAUUUUGGAUAUGUCGCUAUAAUACUUGCGUAAGGUUAUCUUAUAAAUUUUUAUUUUACAUCAGUCAAUCUAUUUCACAGGUUCUUAGUCGCUUUUUGUUACAUGUAAAAACUAAUUGUAAGAUAUAGUGUAAUCUAUUGAGCAAGUGUCAUACGGCGUAUAUUAAUUACUAUUAUGUAGGUACAAUAAAGAGGUUAAAAUGGCAA